AUGGAAGCUACCAAGACUGUUCCUCUCCCUCCUCUAGUGGCAGUUGCCUACUUCUUUUCUUCAAAAAAGCUUUCAUUGCUAGCAUCUGAAUAUAGAGACGACCCUACUUUACAAACGAUCUAUGCAAUUGCUAAAGAACAAACGGUGACCAGAGUCGCUCCAGAGCAAUCAGCUUCUGAGAUAUUACUUGAAGUUUGCAAUCAAACCAAUCUACAAUUCCAAAAAAUUCUGAACAUCCUAGAACCCAUGUCUGGCCCCCUUUUGAAAAAGCGCCUACGCGCAUAUGCUGAUGAUGGUUCUCUUUACACCCAGAUAUGUAAAUACAAGUGUACAAAGAGAAACAAAGAAUUUGUAAAGUCUAUGCCACCACCACUCGAAUUAUCAGAUUUGGCCAAAAGCAUGAUGAACGAAAGCAGCUUCUCUAUUGGUAUUCUUCGUGAGGAAAUUAGUGUACCUAAAACAGAUGUGGAGUAUGUUAAGCAGUUCAAGCAAAACGAAAGUAGAAUGGACUGGAAAACAUGUUAUGAAGCAGGAAAAAGCGAAGGUUUUUCUUUAGUUCUUAUUCCAGCAGCUUCUUAUUCCAGCAGCUCAAGUUUGAAGACUGCAUUUUAUAAAACAUAA